UUCCGGCAUUUAAGGCGCGCAGCCGGCGCAGCUGCAGCUCCGGGCGGUUAAGAGUCACAGCGGGCGGAACGCACGAAGCAGGAUGGGCUGCAGGCAAAGCGGGCACAGCCGAGGCAAGGAGAAGGUGGAAGAGGUACAGACAGAACUCCUGGAGACCCUGGACAAAGAGGGAAGGAUCCUAGAAGGAAGGCAUGAGGAAGUUGGGCAAGCCCUGAAGACAUCGAAUGCACAGGAGAAAGAUGCUCUUAGUGACUGCAUCCAAGAGGCCAAAACCUCAUUGCAGAACACAUGUGCAAGUCAUGUCUCACCACAGGAGGCCACACAAGCCAACAUGAAGGAGGUGGACGGGUCCAUCCUAAGCCGACUCUAUAGAAACCACAUCCAGGAUUAUGGAAGCCCUGGUCCAUUCUGGGAGCAAGAGCUGGAGAGUUUGCACCACGUUAUUGAGAUGAAGAAUGAGCGAAUUCAUGAGCUUGAGAAACAGCUGUUCCUCCUGGAGAUGCUGAAAGAAAAAACUCUGAUCUUAGCACUGAAAAACACCACCCUGCGGCAGGAGGUUGAGGACCUACAGUUCCAAGCUGGGAACAGGUUGGCCAUGUCAAGGCAGCUCCGGAAAGACCUACUUCAGGACCUCGAAAAGGAGUCACAGAACGGCCACUGUGGCAGCAGACGGAGGAGCCACUGAACCAUCUGAGUCCUUGAGGCCAGCACCUCCUCCAUCUUACCUUGCCUUCUGCUACACCUCAAAGGCCCUCCAUGUAAAGGCACAGACUCACCGCUCCCUCCAAAGACUCUGUGGAGAAGAGAGCAAGAGGCACUCCAUUCUUCUCCCAGGAUGGAUGAGAUGGGGGAGUCAGGGGGAGGGAAGCGCCUACAAAGCUGAUGGGGAAGUCUGGGCUACCCAGACCACCCCAAGAAGUGCCUUUCCUUAGUUGGCGCAGGGAACAAGCAGGUAGUUAUCGUCCUCCCUUUGCUCUGUCCUCACGAGGGUAUCCGAGACUUCUCCGGUGGCAGCUGGAGCCAUUUGCACCAUUGGACACUGAGGGGACAACCCCAGAUGAUCAGCUUUACUGACAAUUCACCAACCUAUCAAGUUCUUAGUGCCACACCCAGAAAUUUUGACUCAGAGAAAAACUGUAAAAGACACAAUCCAAGGAAAAGGAACACAGUAUUGUUUUUACUGAGUGGGGUCUCCACAUGAAGCCCAACCUUGAACUCAAAGUCACUCUGCCGAGUGCUGGGAACAUAGGCAUGUGCCACCACAUCCAGCGGGAUAAAGGGUUGAGUUUGCUGUAGAGCUAAGCACUGUUACUAUUUUUAAGCAUAUUUAUCUAAGGUCUUAAUGUGAAAAUUAAUUUUUUUGUUGUUAAAAUAAAACUCUAUUUUCAUGUUCUUCUCA